AUGCCCCUCCACCACUUGAUGAUCGGGACAUGGACCCCGCCAGGGGCCAUCUUCACCGUUCAGUUUGACGACGAGAACCUCACGCUGAAGCUGGUCAAGCGCACCGAGAUUCCGCAAGACGAGCCGAUAUCAUGGAUGACCUUCGACCAUACCAGGAAAAACAUUUACGGCGCCGCCAUGAAGAAGUGGUCCAGCUUUGCCGUCCGGAGCCCGACUGAGAUUGUCCACGAGGUAUCCCAUCCCAUGGGCGAUGACCCGCCGACACCAACACCCGCGCCAUCUUCUUGCUCGCGGCCAAGCAGCCCCCCUACGCCGUCUAUGCCAACCCCCUUCUACAAGCACGCCGGCUUCGGCAACAUCUUCUCCGUCUCCGACACCGGCAAGCUCGAAGAGAACAUCCAAAAUUACCCCUACCAAUCCAACACCGGCAUCCACGGCAUGGUCUUCGACCCCACCGAAACCUACCUCUACUCCGCCGACCUAACGGCCAACAAACUCUGGACACACCGUAAACUCCCCUCAGGCGAAGUGGAACUCGUCGGCAGCGUCGACGCCCCCUCCCCGGGCGACCACCCUCGCUGGGUAGCCAUGCACCCGACGGGCCAGUACCUCUACGCACUCAUGGAAGCCGGCAACCGCAUCUGCGAGUACGUCAUCGACCCGGCGACGCACCUGCCCGUGUACACACACCAUAGUUACCCGCUGAUCCCGCCGGGGAUCCCCGCGCGCGACGCCGACACCGGCAAGGGCCUGUACCGCGCCGACGUGGUGGCGCUGACGGCGAGCGGGCGCCACAUGUUUGCGUCGUCGCGCGCCAACAAGUUUGAGCUGCAGGGCUAUGUGGCUGCGUUCAGGCUGCGGGAUUGUGGGAGUAUCGAGAGGCAGAUCUUGCUGAACCCGACGCCGACGAGCGGCGGGCAUAGUAAUGCCGUCUCGCCGUGUCCGUGGAACGAUGAGUGGAUGGCGAUUACGGACGACCAGGAGGGGUGGAUCGAGAUGUAUAGGUGGAAGGAUGAGUUCCUGCAUCGCGUGGCAAGGCUGCGCAUUCCGGAGCCUGGGUUUGGCAUGAAUGCUAUCUGGUAUGACUGA